AUGAAUGGAGGCGGUGAGAAUAAUCAUGUUUUUCCAUGGGAAACUAAUGAUGGAUGGCCGUACCAAAACUUGAAUGGCAAUCAAAUUGGGAGUGGAGUGACAUUUGAGGGUGACAAGUUACAAGAUCCAAAUAGAUUUGAUACUUAUGAACCAUUGACAGCUGUUAAUGAGGUGAUUGAAGCAAGAGGAUUAAAUCAUGAUUUACACAUCUGGACGGCGAGACAAAGGACAAAGAAAAUUGGAAUUUUGUUCGACACUCUUCGUGCUUUGAUUCCUAAAAUCCCUGCUAAGGCUGGUAAGUCUACAAUUGUUGAGAAAGCAGUGAACCACAUCCAAAAAUUGCAGAAUACUUUUGAGAAGCUUGAACAUGAAAAACUAAAAAGGCUUCAAGAGCAUAAUGUAAGGUGUAUGAGUUCACAAAAAUUUACUAAUGCUGGUAACAAUUGGGAGAAAUAUCAGGGUGAUCAAGGAUCAACACAUAAUUCUUCCUCUAUUGCAUCAACAACUCAUGGUACCAAUCCCCUUAUGGUGAAUAAUAACAUUCCAACAGGUUUUGUGACAUGGAGUUCACCAAACGUGAUAGUUAAUGUUUGUGGUGAAAAUGCACAUAUUAGUGUGUGUUGUCCAAAGAAGUCAGGGCUAUUCACCUUCAUUGGUUAUGUUUUGGGGAAACAUCAGAUUGAGAUUCUGUCUGCUCAAGUUUCAUGUGAUCAAUUCAGAAGCAUGUUCAUGAUCCAAGCUCAUGCUACAGGUGGAACUGGCAUAGCUCAAGUCUCUGAAGCAUCCAGAGUUGAAGAAAUGUACAAGCAAGUUGCGAUUGAGAUAAUGUCGUUUGCAACCCCCAAUUGA